CUUGCUGGGGCUAUGAAGCGUUCCGUCACACUCCAGAGUAGGGGAAGGACAAGCUAGCGGUGACAUCACAUAAUGGGUGGGUUUCAUUGUUGUACUUGGAAUCAGAGGCCGGCCGUGUUGGGGGAAAGAGCAGCUAAGAAAAAGUUCCUGAACUGCUUAGCCUCGAUGAUGUCAGUAUUUGGGUGCCUUGUGCGAGCUUUACCAACUCGCGAGAGAAUGGAUUUGAAAGCAAAAACUACAUAGUACUCUAAGCUGUAAAAGCUUGGAGACUUGUUCACUGGCACCAUGGGAGAUGCUGUUGCUGAGCUUGUACCUGUGGACUCCUUGGACUGUUCUGAAAGCCUAUCACCACAAGUCAGCAGCGAACUGCAACAUAGUUGCAUUUCAGAAAUUGAUGGGGAGGUUCCUGCCAUUAUUGAUCCUGAGGUCGCAAAAAAAGCAUGCGAAGAUGUGCUAGAGAAGGUCAAACUUAUGCACACUGCUGUUAUAGACAGUGAAGACCAGGUGGAUUGCAGUGAAAUGAAAAAUGUCUCAUGGACUGGCUCAGAACUGACAAAAGGAGAUAUCAUGCAUGAUGCCAGGAGUGCAGGUGUAGAAAUAUCUUCAGGUAUGCCUGCAAAAAUUGAGGAGGAGGAAUGUCUGAUGGACUUGAACACUGUAAAAACUGCCAGGAGGAGACAAAAGAACAACUCUGCUAAACAAUCCUGGCUUCUGCGACUCUUUGAGUCAAAGCUGUUUGACAUCUCAAUGGCUAUUUCAUACUUGUACAAAUCAAAGGAACCAGGGGUGCAAGCUUAUAUUGGGAAUCGGUUAUUUUACUUCCGGAAUGAGGAUGUUGAUUUUUAUUUACCACAGCUACUAAAUAUGUAUAUACACAUGGACGAAGAUGUGGGGGAUGCUAUUAAACCUUACAUUGUCCACCGCUGCAGACAGAGCAUCAAUUUUUCUCUUCAGUGUGCCUGGUUACUUGGAGCAUACUCUUCAGAUAUGCACAUUUCUACACAGCGGCACUCCCGUGGGACCAAACUUAGAAAACUCAUCCUUUCUGAUGAACUGAAACCCGCUGUCAAGAAAAAGGAGUUACCACCCAUUUGCUCAGCAGUUGAUACUGGUCUUUCUCCUUCCAAACGAACUCACCAGCGAUCCAAGUCAGAUGCUACUGUCAGCAUCAGUCUCAGCAGCAGUCUGAAACGGACAGCCAGCAAUCCCAAAGUGGAAAAUGAGGAUGAGGAGUUGUCAUCAAGUUCAGAAAGUCUUGAGCGGUUAUUUGUUUCACAACCAGUGAGACUGGCUCCAGAAAAAGAGUUUAUCAAGUCACUGAUGGGCAUCGGUAAAAGAUUGGCCACUAUGCCAACUAAAGAGCAGAAGACUCAGCGUCUCAUUUCGGAACUCUCUCUUUUAAAUCAUAAGUUGCCAGCACGAGUUUGGCUUCCAACUGCAAGUUUCGAUCACCAUGUUGCCAGAGUUCCCCACACGCAAGCAGUAGUACUAAACUCCAAGGACAAGGCACCCUAUCUAAUAUACGUUGAAGUACUUGAAUGUGAAAAUUUUGAGACUUCUCCAGUCCCUGUACGAAUUCCAGAAACUCGAAUCAGAAGCACCAGAUCUGUGGAAAAUCUUCCAGAAUGUGGUAUCACUCAUGAACAGCGAGCCAGCAGCUUUACGACUGUUCCAAAUUAUGACAAUGAUGAUGAGGCUUGGUCCGUAGAUGACAUUGGAGAGCUUCAGGUGGAGCUGCCAGAAGGUCACACUAACAGUUGUGACAACAUUUCCCAGUUUUCAGUGGAUAGCAUCACAAGCCAAGAGAGCAAGGAACCAGUGUUCAUUGCUGCUGGGGACAUCAGGCGGCGUCUUUCUGAACAGCUUGCUCAUACCCCUACAACAUUUAGAAGAGACCCUGAAGAUCCAUCAGCUGUGGCUCUAAAAGAACCUUGGCAGGAAAAAGUAAGGAGGAUCAGAGAAGGUUCCCCUUAUGGCCACCUUCCCAACUGGCGUCUGCUGUCUGUGAUUGUUAAGUGUGGUGAUGACCUCCGUCAGGAAUUGCUUGCAUAUCAGGUCCUCAAACAGCUGCAGGCUAUCUGGGAGCAGGAGAGGGUGCCACUUUGGAUUAAACCUUACAAGAUCCUAGUAAUAUCUUCUGAUAGUGGCAUGAUUGAGCCAGUUGUAAAUGCUGUGUCCAUUCAUCAGGUGAAAAAGCAGUCAUCACUGUUAUUGUUGGAUUACUUCUUACAAGAACAUGGAAACUACACAACAGAGGCUUUCCUAACUGCACAGCGCAAUUUUGUGCAGAGCUGUGCUGGCUACUGUUUAGUCUGUUACCUGCUGCAGGUUAAAGAUAGGCACAAUGGUAACAUUUUACUAGACUCUGAAGGCCAUAUAAUCCAUAUCGACUUUGGAUUCAUUCUGUCCAGCUCUCCUCGGAAUCUUGGAUUUGAAACGUCAGCAUUUAAACUCACCACUGAAUUUGUAGAUGUAAUGGGUGGUCUGGAUGGUGAUAUGUUUAACUAUUACAAGAUGCUGAUGUUGCAAGGCCUUAUUGCUGCUCGGAAGCACAUGGACAGAGUUGUACAAAUUGUAGAAAUUAUGCAGCAAGGCUCCCAGCUGCCUUGUUUCCAUGGCUCCAGUACUAUUCGUAACCUGAAGGAACGUUUUCAUAUGAGUAUGACUGAAGAGCAGCUCCAAAUGUUAGUUGAUCAGAUGGUUGAUGGCAGUAUGAGGUCCAUUACCACCAAACUGUAUGAUGGUUUCCAGUACCUCACCAAUGGCAUUAUGUGACACUAUACCACUCCUUGUUGGCUAAAAUUAUCAUGAAGCUCUUUAGAAGUGAAAGUUUGAUGAUUGUCCUGGUCAUGGAAGGAGAAAAAAAACAAGCAUAAAGAAGAGAAGGGGAACAGUUUUAACCUAAGAAUGACUGGAUCAUAUUAAAUAGCACCUCACAGUACUGUUGAAAUAUUUUAUUAAAACAGAAAACGCAAACUGUGCAGCGAAGAAUGUAAAAAUCUGAAGGGAUCAUGUAGUAAAUAAACUUAAGAUUUAUUUUGAUAUAUCCUAGUCCAGUAACUAUGGGAGAAAGCCAUUUCUCUGGAUUAUGUGAAACACCUUUUACACUUGUGAUGAAAAUUGUAAAAUAUGCACGUCUGUCUUUUGACUGUUCAAGUUUCAGUAUUACAUCUUCCAGCAUCAUCUUGCAGCUUACCAUUUUUGUUGGCUUUUAUAUUUUUCAACAGUUUUGCAGCUUAUAUGGGCAACCUUGUAUAUCGCAUUUUCUUUGUCAGCCUAACUACUUGCAAGCAUUAACCUAACUUCGUCAACCAUUGCAGUAUCGCACUGAUCUAAUAACAGUCGUCCUUAGUCUAUGUAGGCAUGUUUUUGUUUUUUGGUAAGUGGUAUUGUCCUAGAAUGCUGAAGUGAAGGUGUCAGAAAAUUUUCUCCAGCAAUUGCUGAUAGUAGCCCUGCGUUUUAUGCAGUUUGGUUUCUUGUUAAUCUUUGACAAGAUUUCUAUAAUCAUAAUUAUGUAGUCAUCUGCAAGUGGAGAUUGGUAUUCCCAAUGCUCUCUUCCAGUGUUUGCUGUCUAGUUUAAUGCUGAUCAAUAAGAAUCUGUGCAGUGUCUUUCUUCCCCCUCAGGAAAAUGGCUUAAUUUUGUUGCCUGUAGCUACCAGAGUCCCAUUUGUAUUUUGUAAAAUGUACAUUUGCUCAGUCUAGGGACUGCCUAAGGAACAGACCACUUAAUGAAGGGCUGGAAAUGGUUUUACAGAAGUGGUAAUUCUUUUACACUUUUAAAUACAGGCCACAAACUUAUUUUGCCCACUAUUGUUUGGAGCAAACAUUUAUUCUUUUUGGGAGGGGCUAGAUUUUAACUGAAUGGGAAGGGGGUUCUAUAUUUGUACCAGUCUGCUUCCGUAACAGAAACCAUAUUCUUUAAUUUGUGUUACUGUCCACUUCUUUAAAAAUCAGAUGCACUAGUUGCAUCUAAAAAUGUAGGUGUAACAAAAGGCACAAGUUUGUCUUUGCCUCUACUGUUAUGCCAAAACUGAAGGUCUUAGCACAGUGAUGUCCAAAAAUCUCUUAUGUGCUCUUUAUUGUGUUUGUGCUUUCUUAGCAUUGCAUUUGUAAGGUUGAGAUUACUGUAGUUUACAGAGGAAAAUUAUUUUUAAUACUGAAUUAAUGUACUACUUGGUUUUCUGACUCUAAUUACUUAACACAUUCAGUAGCAAGCAUCACAUUGUAACCAAAACCUCUUGCAUCUUGCACUGGUUGCAACAAGAAUUUGUAGAGUUGUGCUGGAGUCUUAUUAAAUAUUCUUUUUAUACAGUUGAAGUAGCCCAUUCUAAUCCCAUCUUUCAUCAUUGAAUCCUAGUAAUGUUUGAUAGCAAGGUCAUAAAACCAGCUGAAUAUAAUUUUAAAACUGAACAUUUUGAAGAUCCAGUUUGAACUUUUCACCUUUAGGCAGUGCUGCAUUUUAUUCUUGUGCUCUUUUGUUACAUAAUUGAACAUCCAUUUUCCUAUCUCUUGUAAUGUUAACUUUGAGAUAGCCAGUGCCUCAGUGCUCCCACAUGGAAAAAAGGAGGAGAGUGGUUUGAGCAGCUCAUCCGCACUGAAAAGCAGAUGUUGGCCAUCGCUGCCUGUUUUUCUGGCCACUGCUGUUUUUUGGGGGUUUUUUUUAGAAUUCCUGAACCACUACCUGCAGCACUACCUGUGGAAAUGAUUUUGAAUGUAUACUUUGAUAGUAGGCCUUCUAAAUUGCUACAAAGGGUCGAACUCCAUGUGCUUGUGACUUAAAUAACCUACUGUCCCACCUAUUGCUGACAUUACUGCUAAGAAUACCGUAGUGCGUAAAUCUGUAUUGUGCCUUGCUGUACAUGAGAAACUGAAAUCUUCUAUGCAUCCAUGAUGACCCUAGGGUUCCCUAUCUUUAUGGGUGUUUGCUCUGGAUUUUGUUUUUAUUGUUUGACACUGUCUAUAUAAUUUACAUGUUUGGUCACGCUGGCAGACUCUUGAUGUUUGUAGCCAAGAACCCCUUUUAUUAGCACUUAACAGUCAUCUAAAUGCUUCUUCUCUACCAAAAUUUUGUAUCUUUUACAUUAUCGUGUAUGUUUGUAUUAAUGCUGUGCAACUGUUUUUGAAUUUUGUUAAAGGAGUGACCCACAGAAUUAAGAGACAUGAUUUGUCAGUAGUUUUUUGUGUCUGCGGGUUGUGAGUAUAGUGCAGAGUAUAGCAGGAUUUUUGUGAAAAUGAGUCAAAAACUGCAGAAGCUGACACACCAAAGCGGGACACUGCAGGGGGAGAGGAUAUCCCCUUUCCAAGGCUGCAGUAACCGUAGUUAUAAUAAAUAUAGGUGCAGGGGAAAAUGUCUUUGCUCAUGGAGAUUGUGAGGGUUUUUUGCCUCAUUUUUUGUAUUUAAAUACAGUGUGUUCAUUUUUUUGUGGGUGUGCGUGAAACGGCAUUCAAGUUUUGAUUUAUUGUUCUGCAUCUGUGUAAAUGUUGUCCUGAAAACUUAUUGAAGAGUUUAAGUGAACCUGUUGCAGUUUUACAGACACCUGUAACUUUUUUUUUUUAAAUCAGAGUUUAUAAAACUCUUCUGCCCGUUUAUGAGAUUCUUGUUUCCAGUGACAGAGAUGCAACUGAAAUGUGAAUGUGUCUUGUAGGUUUUUUGGAAUCCAUUCGUAGCAGCAGCACAAGUGAGUAACUUCCUCAGGCAUAAAAUACUGUUGCUGUGAAAAUAGCAUUCCAGAUACUGUUGUCUCACAAAUUUUUGCUAGUAAGUUGUAAAUGAGUUUAGUAGCAUGUUUAACUGCAUAUUUUAACCACAUUAUGGCUCUAUCACUGGUGCAUGAAAGAAAAGGACUGGAAAAAAGAGAACUACUACUAAUGUUUGUAAGAGCUUGAUCCCUGAGUUUCUAAAACUACUCUAACAUGGUAGUUUCUGAGGAAAAGUCCAGAUGGGAAACAAGGCUCAUUGGGAUUACUGACACAACAGUGAAAUUCACAGUCCUUCAGCAAUAUAUAAUUUGCAAAUUCUAGGUGGUUUACAUUUUUUAAUCUUUGUUUUUAAUGCUGCUGCUGUUUGUUUUGUCACUUUAACAGACUACACUUUUUCCCAAAUAAAUGAAAAGGGUCUUACGUGAAAA